CGCGACGUAUUUCGGCUGCAGUAAUCGCAGCGAGAGCAGUGAAUACUGGCUGGUAGACCUGAGCUAUGACACCGGUCGAGAGUAGCCAUAUAGCGUUGCAUCUAAUGUUUAUUCAAUAACAAUCGUAAGUAUGCCUCUUAUUUCUUCAUAUUGGUGGUUAUCUUGUUUUAAUUGUUAUAAUAAUUUGUUUCUUUAUUCUUUAAGGGGAAUUAAAGCAUCUUAGUCCUCAUCCUGGCUAAUGAUUUCAGGCAACACAGCUGCUGUUUUGCUUAGGGACGCAUUUUGGAGUCCGAUCUGCACUUUGCGGUCUCUUGUGCCAGGGUUUCCGUUGUCCGGUAAUUGCCGGACAUUGGCCGGAAAAAAAAUGAAAUGUCCGACAAAAUUAAAUCUCUCCGGUCAAAUUGUCCGAAUAAAAUUGCCUAAUAAUCCCGCCCCCUAAAAUAAGCCAAAAAAAUAAGUAAAUAAAAACGGGUUCCCCUUUCAUCUCCGUUUCAGCGCUUUUCUGGGCACUGAGGACAGCGACUCAGUAGCCUACCUGAAUUUAAUGUGUAAUUAGCAUAGGUAAAAAAAAAUUCGUUUUAAAUUGUUCAAAAGACAUUUCAAGCUUUCUUAAGAUAUAUUUCAUGUCUGUGAGGCCUACGCUGAGUUUCGUUAAAUUAGGAUGAGAUGCACUCCAGUUCACUAGCAAUGCAAGUGGCCGCGAGGGCGCCUGCAGGAUUAGGCCUGUGGUCUGCUAUAUUUGCUUCUUAUGUAUUAAAUCCAGGCAAUUGGUUGAUAAAAAAAAAAUAUUAAAAUUAAGAUACAAUUUAUACAAAACGAAAUUCACUUCAAAAAAGUAUUUCUACUAAACAAAACUUAAUUAAGUGGUCAAAAUCAUGUCUGACCCGCUCCAUGUCUCUCGAUAUUGCGCAUCUUAUCUUACUCGUGCGCAGGCACGUGCACAGGUAGGGCUCAACCUGUGCAGAGCACAUGCCCUUUUUGCCCUUACACUCCGAAGUGCCCUUUUUUGGUGGUGUUUUUUAAAAAAUUAUCAAUGCUAUUGGUCACCCUUUACAUCUGUCUGUCUGUUUUAAAAAUAUUUAGCAAAUGAAAGUUCUUAAAACGAGCUUGUGUAAAUCUUAUUCGAUCCUCAAGCUGUCAGUAAGCUGAUAACUCCGCCCCCUCUAUAUUCAUUAGUGAUGGGAUUUAUGGCUCUUUGAGGGGAUCCGGAUCUUCGCGAUCCGUUCCUUUCAAAGAGCCGUUCAAAAGAAUGGCUCUUUUGGCUCUUUUUAAAUAUUUAGUCAGUUUUAAGAAGCCAGCUUGGGAGCAUCUCAGUUUAUCCUGGAAAUAAUCACUGGGAGGUAUUAUGAGGUGAGAUUUGUAGUCAAAUAAUUAAAGCUCAGAUAUCACACACCAAUAUCUGAGUUUUAAUUAUUCUGAAAUAUUGAUUAUUACCUCAUUUCUCAUGUGUCGACUAUAUUCCAUAGGGUUGCACAAAUCCCUCUGCUUAGACAGUGACAUCAUUAUUUUGAUUUACCUUUAGUACAAAGUGUGUGUGUGUGUGUGUAAAACUACGUUGACUUAUGUUAUUCAUACAAUACCUACUCACAAAUAAACAUAAAAAACAAAGCCGGCUGCAAUGAAUUUCUGUGCAAAACAGCUUUUACUACAAACACUUCCACACAAGAACAUUGUUAUCACACAAGAACAUUUUGAUAGAAAACUAAUUUUUUUUUUAAGUAGAUAAAAUUAGAAUAAAUAAAAUGGAAAUGUCUACAUACUACAUACUAUUACUACUGUAAACUUUGCAAAUAGGACAUCAGCCCCUUCAAGUCAAUGAACAAUAACAAAGUGGGCUGCAAUGAAUGUCUGUGGAAAACAGCUUUUAGUGAAACAUUUCUAUACAAGUACAGUAUCACAAAAGAACAUUUUUAAUGAUUUUAAAAUAAGUUUUAAAUGAACACAAAAUGCAAUGUAAAUGCAUGCACAACUAAUAACUAAUAUCAUCACGCUAUAAAGGGUUGGCCUGCGCUGGGUGCGCCCCUCCCCCUAUAACUGUUCUGUCUCCUGGCGGAGCUCAUUUGUAUGAACACGCAUAGGAAAAAAGAACGAUAGAAAGAACGGCUCCUCUCCAGUCGCGACUCGGCUCCCAUCGUUCAUGUUUCUGAGCCGUUCAAAAGAAUCGGUUCGUUCGCGAACGUCACAACUCUAAUAUUCAUUGAAUCAACGGAAGUUCCACAUCAGCCGCACUGUAGACAACAGCUGAGCUGAACAAAGUUUUGCGAAGGGGCCAGUGAGGAUCGGGUGGAACUGGGGAGGCUAGCUGCUGUCAUUCUGCAGUGUCACAGUGUGCGGUGUGUGUGUGGAUACAACUUCCCAUUGGUGGGUGUGUGUGAUGGUUGCUUUGGUGUGAAUUUAGGUGGGUUUUUCGAUAACCAUUCUGAGUUGCAGCCGGCCUGCCUGGUUCCCACUAAUCCUGGCCCUGGGAAUUACCUCCCUUAUUGUGGAAACCGUUUGUGUGCGUUUUUAUCUGUGUUUUUAUAAUAAAAUCCAAUCUUUUGUAUUCUCGCCCCCGUCUCCCCUACCUUGCCUUCAUUUGGUGAAACUUACCUGUGUCCUUUUAAUGGGAAUAAAUUCUCUGGUUUCCUACCAGGGUGGCGUAGUUGGAUAAAUUCACUGAUUAACCUUUCCUUUCACCUAUACCGCCACAUUAACAUCCACACAUUCACAAACCUUUUAGUCCAUAAUUUUGUUGUUCUUUAGCCUUCUCAACAUCUACAGAUAAGCAUUAUGCCUUUCUAUACUUUUCUUUUUUUUCAUGUGCUCUUAAUUUUGUAAGGUUUAUCUAUUAUCAUUAACUGCUUACAUUCUGCUUACAUCACUUGUUUCGCAAAAGAUCUCAUGAUUCUAAACUAAACAGAGAUUGUCUUUCAAAAUCAUGCUGAGGUCACAUUUUGUUCCAUGCCCUGAUAUUCAGUGACGUGAAUGUUUUAUAUUUUAUUAAUGUUUUAUUCAGCAUGACAUCUGGUUCGCCUGGAAACCUUUGAUCCCUUUCCGGCCAUUGAGAUGUUUAUUCAUUUUGAAAGAACUAUUGUCCAGAGUGAAUGUAAAAAAUCUUUGUGUGAGGCUCAAGUCCUCAUUAGCAAACUGGGCACAUUACAAUUGCCUCAAAGGAAUGUAUUAGCCAUGUAUAACUUGUAUUUGCAUGGUUGAUACUGUCUCUCAGUGUGGGAAGAAAGAAGCAAAGCGUGAAACCUAAGAUGACUCCUCCCCUUUAUAUCCUCAUUAGAUUCCCUUAGCCUAGUAUGCUGACUGUUUAAAGCAGAUGGUCCUCAGUGCAGAACACAAGAUCCAGGGGGCGUGGUUAGAUCCAGAUCCAACUCAUCCCACCUUACAUACUGUAUACCUAAACCUACCCGAUUCCACCCCUAAACCUACCAGUCUCUAGCCCCUAAAGAUGUGGGUACUGAUUUAAAUCCCUGCAGCAUUCUGACUUGUACAGCUUUCAAAAAUGGCUGUACGUUUGUUUGAGGAUAAAGAACACGCAAACUCAUACUGGAAGUACAGAAUUUCUCCUUCUGUAGAGCUCAUCGACAAGGUUCUACAGUUCCACAGGAGUAAUAAAAAUUCAGCCAAUGACCUGGCAGUAGAUGUUGGCUGUGGGUCAGGGCAGGGAACGUUGCUCCUAGCACCACAUUUUACUCGUGUGGUCGGGAUAGACAUCAGUCCUGCUCAGCUGGAGAUGGGGAGGAAACAUGUAAACGUUUCAAACAUCUCUUAUAGGGAGAGUCCAGCUGAAGAACUGCCUUUUGAAGAUGGAUCUGUCGAUCUUGUGACCACCAUGUCUGCAUUCCAUUGGUUUGACCAUUCACGUUUUCUUCAGGAAGCUCACAGAGUGCUUAAGCCUCAUGGGUGCCUUGCAGUUCUCAACUACACCAUGGACAUGGAGCUGAGCUAUGGAGACUGCUCAGAGACUUUAAACCACAUCUGUAAAGAGUUUUAUGCAGCCCUGCAUCCUUUCCGGAGCCCUUGCCUAGGUUCUUGCCCCUUUGAACUUUACAAGAAAACAUACGACUCUCUCCAGUAUCCAGUCAAAAAAAGGCAGGACAUUUUUUGGGUGAGGAAGCCCGUCCCUGUCUCUGGCUACAUCGGCAUGGUGGAGACUUUCUCCACUUACCAGACACUCUUAAAAAAAGAUCCAGAAGAGGCCAGACGACUCUCACAGGACACUGAACAAAGACUGUUGCGUGCAAUGGGUGUGACAUCCUCGGAGACAGAAGUUAUCGUGGGAAUUAAAUACUUCUACUUUCUAGCCUGCAAGCCUGCAAAUGAUUGAGCCAAACAGUGUCCCAUCCUAACUAACCAUACAUCACUGGAAAGCUUAUGAUGUAUAAAUCGCAAUUUCAAAAAAAAAAAAAAAAAUGGACCCUUUUGACUGGUUUUGUGGUCCAUGGUCACACAUUCGAGAAUGAUCGACUGUGUUGCUAAUUUCCAUAGCCACCAAGUUUCAUAACAUCAAAUACAAAUUUCCAGACAAAUUAGGUUAAUCAUUUUUCAAAUAAAAUGGAAAAAAAAAAUAGUUUUAAAAUGCAUAAAUUGUAACCUAUGUUACAUGUUUGCCUGAAUAAACGAACAGACGCAGACAAAAACUGCCCUUUCACUGA